GGUACUUAGGAGAAUAAAAAGGGGUUAAAGAUUGAAAAAACCAAUAAAAAGAAGAAAAGAUUGAGUGGAGAAUAAAUACAGAAACGGGCAAGGCUGGCAUGUUAUUGUUACAUGUUCUUCUCUCACUUCCUGCAUGUCCAUCUUCAAUUAAAUAACAAUAAAUUCUAUUUUAAAUUCAUUCAGGUUUCACUCUUUAUGUUUUUCUUACGUUUAUUUUUUAUAAAUUUUUUUGACCUUAGUGAAGAGGAAUGCUUGUCACCUACUCCUUUUAUAGUUUCCACUCUCUCUUCUCUUUCUCUCUCAAAACAAAACCAAAUCUUCAUAUUAAUCAAAUUUAACUCUGUUUUUAUUUUUCCUCUGUUUCUUCUUCCUUUGUUUUUUGUGUUUCAUUUUAUUAUUAUUAUUGUUAUGGAUAAAUAUAAGUGCAAACUUUGCUAUAGAAGCUUCAACAAUGGAAGAGCAUUGGGUGGUCACAUGAGAUCCCACAUGAUGAAUCUUCUUGUUACGAAACCAGAAGAAGAUUCAUCACGAAUGAUUCAACUUAGUUUUGAAGCUGAAUCAGCACCAUCUUCAUCGUCAUCAGAAGAUGAUGAUGACGAUGAAAAGGGUCUUAGUUAUGGCCUUAGAGAAAAUCCAAAGAGAAGCAUUCGUCUCGUGGAUCAAGACUUUUCUUUUCCACAAGUUGAUACAAGUUCCGUGAUUCUUCAAGAUAUUGAAAGCGAAACGGAAUCGUCCAAGAACAACCCAACUCGCAGAAGAUCCAAAAGGGUAUGGAAAAUUCGUGAGUUUGAUCAGAAGUAUUACGGUGAAUCUGCUAUGAAAAAAGUUAGAUUUUUUAAUAAAACAAUAUCUUCUGUUGUUGAUCAUGAACCAGUUAGUUCAGUUUCUGAUACAACAACCGAAGAAGAUGUUGCAUUUUGUCUUAUGCAAUUGUCUAGAGACAAUUGGAAUAGACAAAGUGAACAAUAUGAAGAGCCAGAAGAAGACGACGAAGAAGAAAUAGAGUAUGAUGAAGAUGAAGACGAAGAAGCUGAAGAAGAAGAGGAAGAAGAAGAAGAAGAAGAAAUCGAAAGAUCUUUAGAAGAUAGCGAUGAAUCUCAAGAGCUAAUUAAAGUUAGCAAGAAUAACAAUAAAGUACGUAAAGGAAGGUACAAAUGUGAAACAUGUAAUAAAGUAUUCAAAUCUUAUCAAGCAUUGGGUGGUCAUAGAGCAAGUCACAAGAAGAUUAAAUUGAACAUAACAGUCGAAGAAUCGCAACCGGAAUACGAAGUUGUUGAAAAGAAAAUUCACGAAUGUCCGGUUUGUUUUCGAGUAUUUAAUUCCGGUCAAGCACUUGGUGGACACAAAAGAACACAUGUUAUUCAUGGAUCAACAACAACAGUUCCAAUUUUCAGCUCAAAAAAAGUUGCAAAAAGUGUUAUAGAUCUUAAUCUUCCUGCUCCAAUUGAUGAUGAUGAAGUUAGUCAAAUUGAAAAUUCUGCUGUUUCAGAUGCAGAAUUUGUCAAAACUCGUUAGAACAUCAUGGAUGGUUUUUUUAAGUUUUGGUGCAUUGGUCACUUUAUGAUUCAAAAGGUAACAUUUUUUUUUUUUUUUUUUUCAUUUUUAAUAAUGUUCUGCAAAUUUUGUUAUACUUAUAUGGUUACUCUAUAUAAAAUUAUACUAUUAUUAAUAAUAAUAAUUCUUCAA